AUGGACUCUUCUGGGGCCCUUCUGCGUGCCUUUCAAUCUUGCCUGGAUCAGAGAGAGGUUAAAGGGCGUCGCCGCUAUCUCCAAGUCCCACCAUCCGGCGGGGUGGAUUUUUCCUCUAACGACUUCCUUUCGCUAUCAACAUCAACCACCCUCCGCUCCCACCUUUUACAAAGUCUUGCCCGUGAGCCUUCGUCACAUUCAUUUGCAAGCACGGGGUCUAGGCUUUUGGACGGUAACUCAGCGUAUAUAGAAAAUCUGGAGCGCUUUAUAACCGCCUUCCACAAUGCGGAGAGCGGCUUACUCUUCAACUCCGGCUAUGAUGCCAAUCUAUCGAUCUUUUCAUGCGUUCCACAGCCGGGGGAUGUUGUUAUACACGAUGAGUUAAUCCACGCGAGUGUCCACGAUGGUGUGAAACUUUCGAGAGCCUCGAGGAAAAUUUCAUUCGAGCAUAAUUCGGUCGACGAUUUUUUCCGAAUUGCACAAAGCGUUGUACAAGGAGAUCCUUUGGUAGCGUCGGGAGAGCGGAGCGUAUUUGUUGUAGUGGAAUCUCUGUAUAGUAUGCAGGGUGACUUUGCCCCAAUUGCGGAACUUCUAGCGGUUAUCAAGACUGUGUUUCCCAGAGGGAAUGCAUACAUGAUUGUGGAUGAAGCGCACACCACAGGAGUGUUCGGACCUCGAGGGGCAGGUCUUGUCCAAGAACUUGGUGUCGAGGGCCAUGUUUUCAUCAGAGUACAUACGUUUGGUAAAGCGCUAGCCAGCCACGGAGCAAUCGUUCUCUGCUCCCACCUCACGCGGGAAUAUCUGAUCAACUACGCUCGACCCCUCAUAUAUUCCACGGCAUUGGGCCUUCCAUCUCUAGCCGCCACCCGCGUUGCAUACGAGCUGAUGAACGAUGGAGCAACUGAGUCGCUCCAAUCGCGACUGCACGACCUCGUUAAAUACAUGGCCACAAGAUUAAAAAGCCUUCAACCAGCAGAUCCUGCAAUCUUGACAAUACAUCAUCAAGAUCGGUCUCCUAUUUUCUCGCUUCAGACAUCGAUGCCACGUGAACUUGCGAGCUUUCUCCAGGCUGAAGGACAAAUUGUCCGAGCGAUUAUGCCUCCCACCGUCCCAGUGGGAACGGAACGAGUGCGCGUGUGUCUUCAUGCUAGGAAUACAUUCGAGGAGAUAGAUCGCUUGACUACUCUGAUCAAGGAAUGGGUUGAACAGCAACGUCCAAGGAGGACCUAUAGGCUGUAG